UUUCCACUCGUCCCUGUUCCAUAGAUCGUUGUCUCAAAACCAGUACAAAGACCUGACACAUUCCUGUUCACUUCUUUGCACUGCACUUCAUUGCAAACUUCUUCCUGUCUUAGUCUUCACCGUACUCUCCCAUUCCAUUUCCAUUUCAAAGUUUUUUCCUUUUUUUGCUUUUCUCUGUUUUCCCAUUACUUCUUUUCUCUACCUUCUAAGACUAUUAUGUCUAUCUUUCUAUUCUGAAUUAUUAUUGUGUGUCAACUCCAUGAGCUUCUGGGGUUGGAAUUCUCUGCACUUUUUUGGGUUUAUCUUCCCAUAAUCCUAAAUGGGUUUUGCUUUUUUCUUUUUCUGUGGUGACGAUUCUUUCUUCUCUUAGAUCUGAAUAGUUUUAGGGUUCAUAUGCUUUGCCCAAAGCUGUGGAAUUUGGAAUUUUCCUUGGGUUUUGGAAAGAAAGCCUUUUUCUAGAUUCCUCAGGUUUUGGCUACGUGAAAAGGGUAGCAAUUCCUAGCAAAAAUGCUUCUUUGUCCAUAAGAAGCUCCACUACUAUUCUUCAUAUCUUCUCUAGUUAUCUCUCUCUUUGAACUUUCUUCAAAGAGUGUGUGUGUGUGUGUGUGUUUGUGUUCCUAUUUUAUCUUUUGGCAAGGUUGCUAUGUAUGUUACUAUUCUCUAGUACAAUGAACAGGGGAAUUGAAUUUCUUUCUCCAGGUUCUUAUCUUCAGAAUUCUAAUUGGUUGUUCCAGGAAAGUGAGAGAACCAAAUGGACGCCAGAAGAGAACAAAAGGUUUGAGAAUGCUUUGGCUUUCUAUGAUAAGGACACUCCAGAUCGUUGGAUGAAGGUGGCAGCUAUGAUUCCAGGAAAGACUGUAGGUGAUGUGAUCAAACAGUACAGGGAACUGGAAGAAGAUGUGAGUGUCAUUGAAUCUGGGCUGAUUCCAGUUCCUGGUUACACUACUAGUUCUUUCACGUUGGAGUGGGUUAACAAUCAAGGCUUUGAUGAGUUCAAUCAAUUUUAUAAUGUUGCUGGCAAAAGGGGCACUUCCACUCGGCCAUCUGAACAGGAAAGGAAGAAAGGAGUGCCGUGGACUAAAGAGGAGCAUAGGCUAUUUCUGAUGGGUCUGAAGAAGUAUGGUAAAGGAGAUUGGAGAAACAUCUCUCGUAAUUUUGUGACCACAAGGACACCAACUCAGGUUGCAAGUCAUGCUCAGAAGUAUUUCAUAAGGCAACUUACUGGAGGGAAGGAUAAGAGGAGAUCCAGCAUCCAUGACAUCACAAUGGUCAAUCUCCCAGAAACAAAAUCUCCUUCAUCAGACAGUAACAUACCUCCUUCUCCAAAUCAAUCACUGAAGGUUUUGAAUCCACAUCAGAAUCAGAAAUUGUCUAGCAUGGUUAAACAGGAAUAUGACUUCAAAUUUCCAAAUGAGGGCAUGUCUAUGCUUUUUGAUUCCACAAAUGGAAACAUGUUCAUGACACCACUGCGUGGGAAUUCUUUAUAUGGAUCUAAACCACAGGAGCAAUGUUUACUCAGAGGAACUCUCCAUGGAAGCCAAUUGGGCCCUUAUGAUACUAUUAUGCAAAUGCAAUCGAUGCAACAUCAGUGAACUAUGCAUAUAAUGCAGGGUUUAGAGUUUUUUAUGUUACUAAAUGCUAAACCUUAUAUUCAGUGAUGUUUUUGUAGAUGCUUAAUGGUGGUUUAUGUGAAUAUGUUGAAGAAGAUUUCCAUUUCGUCCUUAUUAAUUGUACUCUGAAAAGAUUAGUUCAUAUUGUAUGGACCAGCUGCAGAGCUAACCCUUGUUCUAUUGGUUUGGCGGUUGCUACCAAGACGAUUUCUUUAUGCCCAUGUUAUCAAAAUGCUGGGACUAAUCAGUCAAAAGAAGAU